ACUGAACAACCUCAGUCCUGGUGGUCAUCAGAGAGACAGAGGCUCCAGUCCGGGAUCCAGUCUGCAGCCCAGACCCUUCUCUUUACAGUCUCGGUGCAGGGAUGAAGCAGGGCCUGGAGCUGAUAGAGAUAGACCCUCCUGUUCUUAUGAUACAAACACCACAGUAUCCAUGAUGAACAGAGCAGGUCACCCUGGGCUUCAGCCUUCACAGAGAGUAGUGGGAGACCCCCCUGGUGGGAUUCUAAUAGGAAGUAUGGUGACUGGGUUCAUAGAAAGCCUGGACCUGGGUCUAGCCUUCCUCAGUUACCUCAUGGUUACGCCACAAAUACAGACAGGGUCAGGAUGGGCGUUCGUCACAAGAGGUGACACAAUCCCAACAACACCCAAACAAUGACUAGAAGUCAAGGAGGGAGCUCACAACUAACCACCUGUGGGCGGUGGCUCCUGUUGCUACCUCUGGUGCCACUGGGUCAGAGCGUGUGAGGCCGAGCAUUAGAACGGACGCAGACAUGCCGUACGCCUGCCCCACCUGGGAGAAGCGCUUCGCUCAUGCGAACUAUGUGAAGAGGCACCAGGCCGUUCACACCAAGGAGAGGCCCUUCAAGUGCAAAUGAUGUCACAGGAGAUUCUCCUUCCUGACUAACCUGAUCAGACAUAGGAGUGUCCACACCGGGGGGAAAUCGUAGCAGUGUGGCAUGUUAAGUAUCUUGUGAGUCAGAACCAGGACCGAGCCACACAGAACACAUCUGGCGGGGAGUCCGGUUGCCGGCAUCAACAUCUCAGGUGCCACCUACCACUGAUGUUCCCUUGAGCAAGGAACUUAACCCCCUAAACUGCUCAUUGGACGGUGCACUGCGGCUGCUCUCUGCUCCAACCUCUACAACUUAAUGUGUUUGUGUGUGUGUGUGUGUGUGUGUGUGUGUGUGUGUGUGUGUGUGUGUGUGUGUGUGUGUGUGUGUGUAUAUCAGGUGUUGGAUAAAAGCAGAAGACAAAUUUCCAUCACACAAUCCCAAUAACAAUGGCUAGAGUUCGAGGGAGCUCAAAGACUGGCUCCUGUUUCUAUCACCUCACAACGUGGGAGGCCAAUUAUUGGGAUCGACGUCAACAAGCCGUGCACGUGGGAAUCCUUCACUGAGGCGAAGUAUGUGAAGAGGUGUUCACACCAAGGAAAAGCCCUUCAAGUGCAAACUAUGUUAAAAGAGCUUCUUCCUGACUAUCCGUAUCCGACUGUGUCCAAAACGGGGAGAAAUCGUAGCAGUGUGGCUUGAGAUCUGGGAACCUUAUUAUAGUUAUCAUGUGAAGUGUAUUGGGGGCAAGAGUUUUUUUUUGUUGUAUUACUAAGUCCCUCAGUUGUGCAUCGGAGGGGUAUGCUAUGAUUGAAGCUAGAUCUACUCAAGGUUUUCUAAAGCUAGCCUGCUUCAGUUAGCUUCACACUUCAGCUCAGGCUUCAUCCAUACUAUGACAGUUGAUAUUGCUCGUCCGCCUGCGGCUGACUCUAGCAGACUUGUAACUGCGCGUGCAUGUCGCACAUUUUCAUGUGUGCCUAAAUCAAAAUGAAAGAAGCGUUAUCUUGCAAAUUCAGCAGGCCACGGUGCGAAAUAGGCUUGUUGAUGUGCCGUCUUUAUUUUAUUACUUAAUCGUUCAUUUAAAAUAUAUGUAUAUUUGACCUUUAUUGAACCAGUAGGCCAGUUGAGAACAAGUUCUCAUUUACAACUGCGACCUUUUCACUUCUAUCAAUACAAAUAAUUGUAUUAAAUCAAACACAAGUUUUACUGUGCGUGAAGUUUCAAAUACAUUGUCAUUACUAUAUGUGUAAUAUGAUUGGUAUUAUAACAUAACAUUAUUUUUUUUUACAAAAACAUUUUUUAUUAAUAAAAUAUUUAAUCUGUCAUAUUCCUCAAAUGAAGGGGAUGCUGACGCAAUCUGUGUGAGAGGUAGGAAAUAAAAGUUAAUUGGUGCUCAACUCGCAGCUCAUUCAUCACAAAUGGAGUUAGCCCUGAGUUAGCCUCCCCGGGAACAGGUUAAUUCUGAAGGAGUCGUUGCAUAGAAAUGUACAUGGCUAAAAGGUGAGCCACUUUCGUUGUACCUGUUAUCCCGAAUGGAACUCAAGAGUUGACCAGUAACCUCGCUAACUCCUCAAACCAUCUAGUAUAGGGCUCAAGGUACGCUUACGUUCUCACAUGAUACACAGACCUGUUGUUUGGUAUGUUGGCAUAGCCAAAACACUGUAAUUGAAGUGUAACACAACAUUUCUCCGAAUUUGGUUUUGCUUAUGUUCUAUUCAUAAGAAAUAUGCCCCCCUCUUUUUAUAACACCUUUUAAACAGUGGUACCUGUUCCUUUACUACGGUGAUAAAAUCUGUUAAAUCGUGCUGUCCGUUUGAUAUGUUUACUUUUAUUUACUUGUUUAUUAUUUUAAAUUAAAAUUGGUCUUAGUUUCGUUGGCUUCCUUGAAACCUAUAGGUUUCUUUCCUUGCCACCGAUGGGAUAGAGCGAGACAUUCUUUUUAGAUAAUUUACGGUAUUUUUUCUUAACAAGGCUGAGCUUCCAAGAAAAUGAACAUGAAUGGUCAUUGCAAUCUAGAAUGUUUGGAACGUCCCUUCCCCAUUGAAGUUGAAAAUUAAAAUGGGUAAGGGAAGGGUGGCCGACGUCCCAAGGAUUCCAGAUAGCAACGACAAAUCAUGACUCGUUGGUUCGAUGUAGCAUUACCCGUUUCCUUUUCAUUUAGCCACACCCUAUGAGCUAUGACGCCAAAAACGUCCUUUCUCUUCGGUGUAAACGGAAGUUAGCAAUGACCAAAAACAAUUUCUACGUUAGCUUUUUCUAUUGCUGUUAUUUAUACGUUUAUUAACACGAUGUAACUCUAAAUAUGACUAAUUAACUUAACAGCAUCACAUACGAAUUGGAGACGGGACUUGGUUGAUAGAUGUUAUCUAGGUAUAGUUAGCUAACAAUGGCUAACUGUAUGGUUUUUCACAAUCAAAUAGCCUCCAUUAUGGAGGUGCUAGCGAAUUCAGCCGUGGCAGAGAUCUGUAAACUCGUAGACGACGACUAUGCAGUGUUUCGUUUGGAAAUGACUCAAAGCCAGAAAGACAACAGGGGAUUGCGGAGGAAACUACAACUACUGGAAUUGAAGGUGGCACGGGAGCGCGCAGAGAGAACUUUGCGACAGCACGUCGUCGCCAGUCGUCCCAAUAGUGUCAAGAUCCUCGACCGAUACAGAGGAAUGGCAAGAGGUGAAGGACAUCUCACUGGAGGCCACAGGAGCUUUGUGAAGCCGGCGGGACACAACGUGUGGAGAGAUGACCAACCCAUAGCUAUAGAUGAAGGGAGUGGAACCUCAACCCAGCAUGUUAUCGUGAUAGAGUCUGCAAAUGCAGAUGCUGCAGGUCCUGGGGUCAAGCAGGAGAGGAAUGAAGGAGAGGAGGACCCACAGCACAGCAGAGACAUCCAGUCUGGAGCAGCGGCUGGAGUGGCGCACCCUGUAGUCACGGAGGACCUUGCCGUUUACGCUGCGCCCCAGGCCAGGACCGGACGCAGCAUCACGGAGGUCAGUGGAACGCUGAACGACGUCCUCAAGUCAGAGACUUUAACUGUAACACAGAGGCUCUUACACACAGGAUCUGACCACAGAUCAGACCCAGAGAGACUGGGGCUGGGGCCACUGGCUGCUCCUGGCACAGAGUACUUACCAGUAUUUCACCAGAGCCAGAGGACGGUUAAUUCCCAUGGAGAUGGUGAUGCGUUCUACACUGGCAUUGAUGAUCUGUCUUGUUCUUACGCUACAGAGAUGGACCCUGGCCACAUAUCCUUGGGUUUAGAGACACAGACUGAUCUGUUUAGAGGGGACUGGAACCGGUACAGUAGUAGUGUAUACUCUGAAGGGUGCCUAGAUAAGAAAGGGGAGGUUAUAGUGGUCAAUGAGGUGACUGUGAAAGUGGAGGGCGAUACUCCUCCUACAUGGAAUGCAGAUAGUCACCUAGGAGAUGGACAGUCACAUGGCAGAGAUUUCUUAGAUUGCAGGGGAAGCUUAGAGACCAAUCUAAAUGUCGACACUCACUCCCCUUUACAUGUGUUCAGGGAUCGUGACCCAGUGUCCACGUCAUUGGUGCCUUUCGAUUCACAUGGCUCCGUCCUUUUCGAUCAGGUAUUGAACCCAAAAGACCAAAGUGCCAAGACGCAGGGAGGGGGAGCCACAUCGGGUAAAAAUAAAGACAAACCGUUCCUCUGCAUGUUCUGUAACAAAGGCUUCAGCUGCUCCCAGAAGGUGGAGAUCCAUCAGAGGAUCCACACAGGGGUGAAACCCUUCAGCUGUACCCAGUGUCACAUGCGCUUCGCCCAGGCUUGCAACCUGAAGAGGCACCAGAGGGUCCACACAGGGGAGAAACCCUACAGCUGCCCCCAGUGUGAGAAGAGGUUUUCCCGCCAGCACCAGCUGAAGAUGCACCUGAAGGCCCACACGGAAGAAAGGUCAUUCACCUGUACGCAUUGCGGAAAGAGGUUCUCGGAGAGCUGCUACCUCAGGAUACACCAGCAGAAAAACCAUUCCACUCUGUAACGUAGAAAGUAACCAUUCCACUUGAUAGUUUCUGACAUUUUAGAUCAAACCCUGCAUUAAAGACAAAUGGGAAUUGUUUUCAACAGAAAAUACCCAUAGAUUAAUAAAACCCAUUAGGCUACAAUGCCUCUUAUUCUCUGGCUAUAUGCAAAAAUCUAUACGUCUCCGAAUGGGUCCAAUAAUUGAUAAUGCAGUUAAAGUGAGGAGACAGGCCAACAGACAUCUCAUGAUCUCAUUCCCUUUUCAGAGCCAUUCUCCAUUAUGGACAAUAACCUAAACUUAUCGGGCUCAAAACCCUUUGUUUUUCAUCAAUUGUCUAGUAUAAAUAUUUUCAUCCUCAGUGACAUCUUUGACAAUUCAGGUCUUCAUACUUUUCAAGACUUCAAAGAAUCAUAUAAUCUCCCAGGGACUUCCUUAUUUUUUCCCCCCCUUAUGCUCCGCUUGGCUUUCAAAGAAUACGGAGUAUCCUGGGAUUCCCUUAUUGCCACCCAUCCCCGAGUUGAGACUCUUUUGAAUACUCCCAAAUCUUUUGACCUGGUCUCCACUUUCUACUCCAAACUUAACUCGAUCGACAAGUGUUCACCUGCGGUCACUUCCAUCUGGAACAGAGAACAGUUGAACUGGAAGGUGAAAUGGAACAAUGUUUUCUCAUAAAAAAAAAACAUCUCACCAGUUGAUUAAUUUAAAAUGUAUUCACAAAUGUUUUUCUACACCAUAUCGCCGCUUCCAGAUGAAACUCUCUGCCGAUAAUCUUUGUAAACGGUUGCCCUCUUGGAUCAGUCGGGAUCUAUAUACAUAUGUUUUGGGAAUGCCCAGUGAAUCUGUGCUUGAAAUUCACUGUUCGACUGAGAGACCUUACAGAUAAUUGUAUGUGUGGGGUACAGAGAUGGGGUAGUCAUUCAAAAAUCAUGUGAAACACCGUUAUUGCACACAGAGUGAGUCCAUGCAACUUAUUAUGUGACUUGUUAAGCCCAUUUGUACUCCUGAAGUUAUUUAGGAUUGCCAUAACAAAAUACUUAUUGACCCAAGACAUUUCAGCGUUUCAUGUUUAAUUAAGUUGUAAAAAUGUCAAAUAACAUAAUUCCAUUUUGACAUUAUUGGGUAUUGUGUGUAGGCCAGUGAAACAAAAUCUAAAUUGAAUACAUUUUAAAUUCAGGCUGUAACAACAAAAUGUGUAAUAAGUCAAGGGGUGUGAAUACUUUCUGAAGGCUCUGUAAUAGUCGACGGAGGUUAUCCGAGGAUAAACGAUUUUUAACAAACCCACUUUUAUCAUUAAAUGAAGUUCUGUCUCGACUUUGGAAAUAGUAAUCGCUACCUGGUCUGAAAAUAGUUUGUGUUGAGAACGCUCUAAUGCAGUUAACAUUUCCAAUUCUGAUGUUUUUUUUUUCAUUGUGAUUUAUCCAACCCAGAUGCAAAUGCAGCUGCAUCAAAGGUUUUCUAUAAAAAAUGAUGGCAUCCCAUAGAAUCGGUGGUCAGAAUCAGUGAAUUUUGUAUUGAUCAUUAUUAAUUCAUUUGGUUCAAUUUCAAAUUCAUCACAGAAUGUAGGAUAACCAGAUGGAAUUCAGUUAUAUCUAACAAUAUACUGUUCAGGCAAUCAAAAAAAACAUUAGAUCUUAUGAAUUUGGAGCGUACGCAUUAAUAUUUUUUUGGGUGGGGGGGGAGUGUACACAUUAAUAAAUUGUUUCGUUCCAUUAUGGAUACAUUUAUGGAAAGUGAUUCUGCCUUCUUAAGUCUGGGUCUUUACCCAAGAUGGUGAUUUGAGUUUAUGUAUUAUUAUGAUUACACCUUUUAGAUUUGUUUGGGGCUGAUGAAAAAGCAGACAAGUUGGUACAAAUGGUUCUGCAUUCUAUGUGAGUCCUUAUAGAGCAGGUGUGUUUCUGGGAGCGUUGCUAUAUCAAUAAGGUUUCUUGCAACAUUUUAGUUUUUGCCUUAAUACUACACAGCUGAUUCAAAUGAGCAACUCAUCGUCAAGCUUCACUGGGUAUUUAUGUAUUCAUUUGUGACGCAUUUGUGACGCUAUCCUUGAUAUGAUCCUGCUGUUGUCACAUGCUACACGUGUGUGCACAUGCAUCUAUCUAUCUGAUGUUAUCAAAUAAAAAAAAAUGUCACAUGCUUA